AUGGGUGAUACCCACAAGGUGGAGAUCCCCAGAAGAGAGAUGGAGGUGGUCAAGGGCCAGAUGGUGGUAUUACAAGCCUGGUACAGCCCCAACUCAGACAUUUCUAAAAACUCCGUCCUCUGGCAGUUCAUGGGAAAUGAAUCCAAGCAGGUGAUAAACUACAGCUCAGGCGAGGUCGGGCACGGCCACAACGAGUUCACCAAAAGAGUGGGCUUCAGUGCAACCAUGCCCUCAGCCAACCUCUCCAUCUAUAUCAACAACACGCAGGAGUCUGACUCCGGACGCUACAUCUGCAGUGUCAUCAUCCUUAAAAGUCCUGGCAUCACCGGAGAGAUACACCUUAAUGUUAAAGUCCCUCCUUCUCCCCCAGUAUGCACCAUGACAGGGAACCCAGUGGUGAAGGGCAAUGUGACUCUGAGCUGUAAGUCCAGUCAUGGAAAACCCAUCCCUCAGUACAAAUGGACCAAAGCCGCACCCUUGUCUGAGGUCUUCUUCUCCCCAAUGCAGAACGAGAGACACGGAACCCUCCGGCUGAGCAACCUCACUAAAAGCAUGUCAGGGAAGUACAUCUGCCGAGCCAGCAACACUGCCGGAUCAGACACCUGCUCCAUUAACCUGGAGGUUAUCACUUCUUCCAAUGCAGGCAUGAUUGCAGCAGCUACACUGGGGUUGAUAGUGGGACUGGUGGCCAUGGUGCUUUUCCUCAUAUUCAUACUGAGGAGGAGGGGACACUGAGGAGAGAUAGCCAACGAGAUCAAGUGA